GGUGGGUCUAUUGAAAAGUGUUUCACUGAAGAAAUGGUCUCGGUUCUGUCUAUGGCUAUGGACAACGCUGAGGGCGACUUGGUCAUCCUCCCAGUGAGCGAACUCCGUGUACGGGACAAGAAGUUGUGGCUGACCUCUAAGGAGAAAGUGGAGGAGCUCACCUACAAGAAGCUCAAGCCCUACAUUGACUGGUCCUGGAAUAAUGGCGCCCUAUUUGGCUACAACGCUAAGAACCCCGGCUCCAAGACUCUUCGCACCCGCAUUCGCGUCGCCCACAAUUCUUCUCUGGACGACAUGUCCCGACUAUUGGGUCAAUGUUUCGAGAUCACCGGCACGCAUGCAGGCGUUCCCCACUGCAAGUUAGUGAUCCUGUCCGAAUCGGUUGGCUACUGA